AUCAGCUAGGGGGAGGCUGUGUAGUUGCAAGCUCACCCGGUCGCUGACGCUGCUCGCUCCAUCGACUCGCGUUACACAGAUACUUCUCAACAUGGCUUUCUGAUUUUUAGCAAUGAUGUGGCUGCUGGUCUUGCUGGGGUUUUUGCCGCUUCUGGGAGCUCUGCCAGACGUAAUUAAAAUCGGUGGCCUGUUUCACCCGGCGGAUGACAAGCAAGAGGUGGCUUUCCGAUAUGCUGUGGAGAGGAUCAACGCUGACAGCACAGUCCUGCCGAGGUCUAGACUGUCUGCACAGGUGGAGAAGAUAUCUCCUCAAGACAGCUUCCAUGCUUCCAAGAGAGUGUGUCACCUUCUGCGAAGUGGAGUGGCAGCUAUAUUUGGCCCUCAGUCAGGCCAGACUGCCAGUCAUGUCCAGUCCAUCUGUGACACCAUGGAGAUACCUCACUUGGAGACUCGCUGGGACUACAGGUUGAGACGGGAAAGUUGCCUCGUCAACCUGUAUCCUCACCCCACCACACUCUCCAAGGCUUACGUAGACUUGGUGCAAGCCUGGGGAUGGAAGUCUUUCACAAUAAUCUAUGAAAACAAUGAAGGUUUGGUGAGACUGCAGGAGCUGCUGAAAGCACACGGACCUUCAGAGUUUCCGAUUGCCGUCAGACAGCUAGGAGAAGGAACUGACUACAGACCAUUGCUGAAACAGAUCAAAAACUCUGCUGAGUCACACAUUGUCCUUGAUUGCUCUACAGAGAAAAUAUACAAUGUACUGAAGCAAGCUCAGCAGAUUGGAAUGAUGAGUGACUACCACAGUUAUCUCAUCACCUCCCUGGACCUGCACAGUGUGGACUUGGAAGAGUUCAAGUACGGAGGAACCAACAUCACAGCACUGAGACUUGUGGACCCAGAGAAACCAGAUCUGCAGAAGGUGGUGAGGGACUGGACCAGUGGAGAGCAGAGACAGGGCCGCAAGAUAGACAUGGGUGCUCACCACACUGGGAAUCUCACUUUUAUAAAGACGGAGACAGCUCUGAUGUACGAUGCUGUGCACUUAUUCGCCAAGGCUCUCCACGACCUGGACAGCAGUCAGAGGAUCGACAUCAAACCUCUCAGCUGUGAUGCAGUCGACACCUGGCCCCAUGGCUACAGCCUCAUCAAUUACAUGAAAAUUGUGGAAAUGAGGGGAUUGACAGGUGUUAUAAAGUUUGAUAAUCAAGGCUUCAGGUCAAAUUUUGUACUUGACAUUGUGGAACUCACCAAGGAGGGACUGACUAAGAUCGGCACUUGGAACUCUACUGAAGGAGUGAACUUUACCAGAACUUAUGGUGAAGUGUACACUCAGAUUGUGGAGAGUUUGCAGAACAAGACUUUCAUCGUUACAACAAUUCUCAGUUCACCGUACUGCAUGAGGAAGGACUCCAGUGAGAAGCUGACAGGCAAUGCUCAGUUCGAAGGCUACAGCCUAGAUCUCAUCCAUGAGAUCUCUAAGAUUCUUGGAUUUAACUACACGUUCCGCCUGGUGCCGGACAACCGAUACGGUUCACUCAACCGAGAGACCAAGGAGUGGGACGGCAUGAUGAAGGAAUUAUUGGAUCAGCGAGCAGAUUUAGCCAUUGCAGAUCUGACAAUAACCUAUGAUAGAGAACAAGCAGUUGAUUUUACGAUGCCAUUUAUGAAUUUAGGUAUAAGCAUCUUAUACAGAAAACCGAUAAAGCAGCCACCAAACUUGUUCUCCUUCCUAUCACCGCUCUCCUUAGACGUCUGGAUAUACAUGGCCACUGCGUACCUGGGCGUUUCAGUGUUACUUUUUAUUCUGGCCAGGUUCAGCCCAUACGAAUGGGACAACCCACACCCCUGCAAUGAUCAACCCGAUGUUUUGGAAAACCAAUUCUCUCUCCUGAACUCGCUCUGGUUCACGAUCGGUUCUCUGAUGCAGCAGGGCUCCGACAUUGCGCCCAAGGCGGUGUCGACUCGGAUGGUUGCAGGAAUGUGGUGGUUCUUCACACUUAUCAUGAUCUCCUCGUACACGGCCAACCUGGCUGCUUUCCUCACAGUAGAGAGGAUGGACUCUCCCAUCGAGAGUGCGGAGGACCUGGCCAAGCAGACCAAGAUCAAAUAUGGAGCUCUGAGAGGAGGUUCUACUGCUGCAUUUUUCCGGGAUUCAAACUUCUCAACCUACCAAAGGAUGUGGUCAUUCAUGGAGUCGGCACGACCGAGCGUGUUCACAUCAUCCAACGUGGAGGGUGUGGAGAGAGUGACUAAGGGAAAGGGCAGCUACGCCUUCCUCAUGGAGUCCACCAGCAUUGAGUAUGUCAUCGAGAGGAACUGUGACUUGACGCAGGUGGGAGGUCUACUGGACUCUAAGGGCUAUGGCAUUGCAAUGCCACCAAACUCACCAUACAGAACGGCCAUCAGUGGUGCAAUCUUGAAGUUACAAGAAGAAGGAAAACUCCACAUAUUAAAAACCAGAUGGUGGAAGGAAAAACGAGGAGGUGGCUCUUGCAGGGAUGACACCUCCAAGAGCAGCAGUGCAGCCAACGAGCUCGGGUUAGCUAACGUGGGUGGAGUGUUUGUCGUCCUGAUGGGUGGGAUGGGAGUGGCCUGCGUCAUUGCUGUCUGCGAGUUUGUCUGGAAAUCACGCAAGGUGGCAGUCGAGGAACGGGUCAGUAGAAGUCAGUGGCGUAUCCUUCCAGGGGAGAGCAUGAAGUCAACUACUCAUCUUCUUCGAGCCCAGAUUUCCAACAACGGACUAUAGGCACAUGCCUAGGGGUGGAAGCUUAAAAGACCAAAGGAGUCAUCUGGUGUCAAAAGCCAGUUUUCUUUAUUGUAUAACGAAUUGUUAAAAUUUUGCAUUUUGUAUUAAACACUUGAAUCAGAACCAAAAUUUAAAACAUUUUUAGAAUCCUUUAUAUUCAAUACUGACUCUGAAUUCACUUAUAGUUGUUCAGGACGCAGAACAAAGGAUACAUGUUCUGUGCUCCUUUGGCUCAUGUAGCAUUGGUGUGAAUCAAAAUCAAAGCCUCAACAACACAGCUCGCAAGUCUCCUCUAACAGCCACAUUAUAUACUGAUUCUAAUAAGUCAAUACCUGAUAUUAUUCUGGUUCUUUAAUGGCUAUGUAUUCAAUUAUGACCUGAGGAAAAAUAGAGCAUAAUAUUACUGAAUCAGACAGUGAGCUCUGGAAUCAAAUUCAGCAACUUCUGUAUACAGUUUAUUUUAGUAAGGGAUAGUAAUAAGCAGUGGAAGUUAUUCCAUUUGGCCCUAGUAUUGAAAAAAUAUAUAUAACUUUACUAACUAUGGAUUUUUGUUACAUAACAAUAUAACUGAGUGCCUAAUUGAUGAUGAGUCAAUCAACGGAAAUGAAGUGCUAAGCAGCAAUGAAACAGUUUAGCAAUAUGCUGCUAGUCACAGACCACUGCAAUUUUCCGGCAGGCAUGGUGUGGGUCGAUCAAGGGAAGAAAUAAGGGUUGGAAGGUGCAGUACCCUUAAGCGUCUCUUGUUGUUGGCUGCCUUAUUAUAGUGUUUUGAAAAUUGUUUGUAAUUGUGUCACAUAUAGAUGUGAUCAUGAGGUUUUUUUUAUAUGAUUGACUUUUUUAUUAUUAAUUUGUAGGUCACUGACAUUGUAUCAGUAAUGGUUCCAAAACCUAAAUUUUCUAACUUGCCACUCAAAAGAAUAAUUUUAAUUUUAAUUUGACUAUUAAUAAAGAAUGGGAGUUGACACCACCACUAAGGUAUACUAUCAGGUAACUAAGGAUGGAAACAGACAUUUCCAAAACGAAUCAAAACAAAAUAUUCACAAUAAAACUCUGUGGAUUAGCAACAGAAUUAAUAAAGUUUAUUUGAUUUCAAAACACAUUGUUCAUUAAAACUGGGUUAAAAUAUGGAACCUUUCAAACAAAAUAUCCUCAGUUGUUACAUUGGAGUCAUUUUCAUAAAUAUACAAAAUGGUGGCAAUUAUUUCAACUUCUUCUAAAGCAACUGCUGAGGUUUAUUGAUAAUUUUCGAAUUUCAAGCACAACAACUUUUUGAGAAGACAACAUGACAGACAACACCAAGAAAGUUGUCAGUAGCGAAGAUGAUUAGGCACACUACUAAUUUUAAUGAGUGUGUGAUUAAUAUUGUAAAAGGCAAAUAUAAAGAAGAAUAUAUCUCAUUUUUUUUAUAAAACUACCAUCUAUUCUGUAUAAAAACUUUCUUUGCAACUUUGAACAUGAGAUUUUAGUGUAAACAUAAUUCUGCUUACUACUUUUGUGUCAUAUGACUGACAUAUUCUUUUGUCAGUAGCUACUGAUUCCCAUAACUUGUAAAAUAAUAGAAAAUGAUCACUUUAGAUAUAUUAGUGAAGCAUUUCUUUUCCAAAACAUCUUCACCAGCACUAGUUUAUAGUUUAUCACUUUGACGACUAUGCCAGUAUCUACAGAUACCAUGUUUUCUCCUGUGGACUGACAUUUUUGUACUUGUCAUCUCACACCAGAUUAUGGCUGUAGGACCUGUGAUCUGGUUACUUUCUUCUCAGGAUUGAAUGGUUUCUGAACAGUUUUAUAUUGGAAACUAAGCCCAUAGGAACUAUGUUUUAAACAUUUAUUUCAAUAUUAAACUAACUGCUUCAAAUAUCCAGCCACAGUUUUUACAGGUUCUUUGUGAUUUAGGGGAACAUUUUCUUUGGAAUCUACCAAAAAGUGUAUGUAGUGGUGGGUAACCUUUUAUUUGGAACCUUACCAGUGAUGUUAGUUGUAUGCCUCAAUGUUCUUUUUAUUAUAGCGUUAAAACAAUCUACUGAGAUUUUAGAAUUCAAUUAUAGGAUAGUUCAAUCUUUUAAUUUAAACUGUUAAAAGUACAUUUUAGAAAAUAACUACUUUUAAACCCAUUGUAAGUGCAAUAAAAAUUUAUUUUUAAAGUAAUUUUUAGCAUUGGUUAACUAAAAUUAAUCUACAAUGUUACACCUUUGAAUUUCCCUAAAAUGUUGUUAUUCUUUUUUAUGAAUAUGACAUAAAAUAUCACUUUUUGUUGUAUUACUUUAACAAAGAUAUAAAACCCUCAGUUUAUAACCAUAAAUACCUUUACCCAUAGCAGCUACAGCCAUAGUCUGUAGGGAGACAUGUGUAAAAUCUCCAGUCUACAGGAAGAAACAUGGUCAGGGAAGAUCCUUCAGGCAUAUUAUACAGAGAGACACACACACACCCCAAAAACUCUAGCCUUGAAAGUUCAGUAUUAAAGAUCCACAACAACAGUGAUUACAAGUCUUAUUGAGUGCAUGAAAGAUAAUUUAGAAGAAGGAAAUAUGACCACAAUAUUAUUCAUGAAUUUUGGCAUACCAUAUAAUAUCCCAGAGCAUGAAAAAUUAUUUUUUCAUAGGCAAGAAUGAAUUUAACAAUGGUAAAUGUCUCUCAAUGAGAUAUUCUUCACCUGGUCAGGAUGCAAUGAAGAAUACGUUCAUGGGGAGCAGUGAUUUCCUUUGGCAUGAUUGCAUGGCAACUUUUAGUGCUUUUUGGCAGUAGUUAGAUGAUAGAUGUUUGGACAAUAGGAUAUCCCUCGAGGAUGCUAUUGAGAAAACAUACAUGAGGUUGAAACUAAGUGAAUUAUUCACACAAUAUGUGGUCUUGUGUACUCUGAACUUGUAUACUGUUCACCAGUAACCUGCCUAGUGCCUAAUCUUCUCUGUUGGUAUGUCUUUACCACGGUGUAUGCUAAUGACACUGCUUUGGUGAUGCAGAAAAGAAGUCUACCAAUCCAGGCUGUGAAAGAUCAUUACUCUAAAAUUAACCAAACAAUAAUGCUAUCAUAAUAAUAUGGAUCCAAAUGUAAGCAAAACAAAGCAAGUUCUGUUUGGUACAUCCAAGAAUGAAACUUUGGUACUGCCUUAAGGUCCUGUAUGUACUCAAAAGCGUAAGAGCUUUCACUGGUCAAGCAAUAGAAAGUAACUUAUUUCUCACUCUUUGAGUCUCAUAAUUACAAGAUAUGGACUGGUGGUAUGUGGAGGAUCACCUGCUGGAAAUUUGAACAGAGUUAUAAUUCUGCAGAGAAGAAACUAGAAAAGUGCUGGGAAUACUAGAACCUGCAGAAACAUGUAGAGACACAUUGGUUAUAUUUCCAAUCACUGUUCACUUUAUAGUAAUCUCAGCUCUGAACAAUUCCACUAAAUUCAUAAUCACAACACCAGAAAUACUACAAAAAUAUUAACCUUUCACGUCACAAAUUGGUACUGUUUGAAGAUAAAGCCUUCUUACACAUGAGCAGUUUUAUAACUUUCUCUCAAGAUGAUUUAAAGAAGAGGUGAUACAGUUGACUCUGUAGAAUCAUCUCACAACUUGGAUAGUUGAAAAGACCUAAACUCUUGAAGAAUUUAUCAAAUGGAAUAUGCAUUAGCAAAUAAGUAUAUUCUGUAUGAAACUCAAAAUUCAUGAAUAAAGCCUGCUUUUAUGUGUUACAAGUAUGUAUGGGAGUUGUUGAUAAAAUAAACAUAUUGUCCUACUUUGUAAUGAACCUUUUUUCAAUACAUCGUAAAGCCUCUGGCGAGAAAUGGGAGUAUAGCCUCCCUCUUUGACUAUUCUUACACUAGAUAAAUUAGCUCCUUGUAAUAAUAAUUAAAUAUACAUAAUUAUAAGGUGUACAUGUUACCGUCUUGACAAAAUAGUUAAUAUUGUUCUUCAAACAUUUUUAAUAUUAAGCCAUUUAAAUUAAGAGAAAGUUACGGAAAUAAUUAGUUUUUUUAUGAACAAAACAUACUUUUUGCUUCUCAAUAAUAUUUAUCUAAUUAUAAUAGAUAAUACUUUAUAGUUGUAUUGUUAAUAUUAGGAUAUUUAUUUAUAUAGAAUUGAAUUUGGGUAGUUUGUUUGAAGUAAUUUACAAAGAGUAGUUUUUAUUAGUAGAAUUUUGAUAAAUAAAAAAGAUACCAUCAAGAGUUGGAAAUGAUAUUUCACUUGCUGUGAAGUAAUUCAUAUAUUCAAUACUGAAUUGAUAUAUGUAUUAAAUAGGUAUGAAAUUAUACUAAAAAAUUUUUGCUUGCUUUGCAAUUCGAUGAUGAGCAUACUGAUUGCACAGGAAAACAUACUAGGAUAAGUGAAAGUUGUUCCAGAAGAAAGGUUCACUUCUGGCUAGUUUAUACCUUUCAAUUAAAUCUGCACUGGGUACAAAAAUCAAUGUGUCACUUAAAUCUGAGCAACCCUAUGGAUGCCCAAAUACGGCAUCACUAACUGUAAAUGUCGAGAUAUUGGGGUGUGAGAGUGAGUCAGUAGGUCUAGUCAACUGUGGAGGAUGACUGAUAAAGGCUCCUGUUAGCUCCCAGUUACAGGCUUGCUAGCCUGGACAUGAGCCUACCCGCUUUUACUGAAAAGGCUGAACCAGAGCUGACCUCCCCUUCACCCAAGAUGGUAUGACUGAGAUAUAUUGCUUGCCAUACCUCUUCAUAGGAUCUCGACAGGAGGCGGUCUCUACCCCAAACCUUACCAUCAUGAAUGUUCUAUCACUCCUGAAGCAAGCACACAGGUCAUUUUAGAACCAUGAGCAAUGAGAGUUUUUCCAGCUUUUUUUUGUCCUUGGUGAACAAAAGAAAGCAAAAGUUGGAAAAUAUCAUUCUAUCUAAGAGUGAAAAAUAUAGAUAUAAUUUCACGAAAACAAUUUUUUCUUUAACUUUGUGAACUCUUUAAUACUUUUCCUAACGCAUAAAAUUUUUAAAAGAUAUUAAAUAAAUGUCAUUUAAUGUCUAAAGAAUAUGUUAAAAUUUUUCUAAUGUUAUGUAAGAAGGCAACCUAAAGUUUGA